UCUAUUGAGAAUGACAACUACAGACAUUUUAAGCCGAAUAACAACAUACUAUGGAAAAUAAAUAUUAUUUAAAACUGUAAUAUUUCCUGUCUUGAGUUCCUGUGACAACGGAUAAAAGUAAUGGUAUCUAACAAUUUUUUAAUUUUCGAAAAUAUGUAUCAUCAAAACCAGCAUACGAAAAUUGAAGAUGAAGCAUACUAUUUAAAUAAAGACAAGAAAGCGGACGAGAGUGAAUUGUCAAUUGGACUGAUAAAAUCGGCCAAACGCACAGGACAACUUAGUUUAUGCAACAGGGGCCUUGGCAGCGUUCCUGAAAAUGUCUGGAAAAUUGAUGAGUUAGUUAUGGAUGAAACAAAAGAUGUAGAUUUUACACGGUCAGAUCAAAACAGUUGGUGGAACUAUGAGCCCUUAAAAACGCUUGAUCUCAGCUCAAAUGCUAUCAAAUGUAUAUCGCCUAAUGUCAAACUUGUGCAGCAACUGGUCACACUCAAGGUCCAUGACAAUGCAUUGGAAUCUUUGCCCCCUGAGUUUGGUGAAUUAAAAAACCUGUCAAAUUUAAGUUUAGACCGUAACAAGUUAAAGGUUCUUCCAAAGGAAUUCUAUAAAUUAAUUGAACUGAGAUGGCUUGGUUUAUCACAUAAUCAAAUUGAAAAAAUUGAACCUGAUUUUGGUGAUUUUGUUAUGUUGAAUUUUUUGGAUUUAUCACAUAAUAAAUUAACAAUGUUACCCCCUGGUAUGGGAUACUUGGUACGUUUGGUCGAAUUAAAUAUUUCACACAACGAGUUAAAGGAGUUACCGCCGGACAUCGUCAACCUUAGAGAAUUAAAGAAGAUGAACAUCUGUCACAAUAACUUAACAAGACUACCUCCGAUGGGAGAGCUCAGGAAAAUGGAGAUUCUAGACGCGAAUCACAACGACAUUGAAGAACUACCCGACUUUUAUGGCUGCACCGCCUUAAAAGAAAUUUAUUUGUCGAAUAAUUGCAUAAAGGAAAUUACCGAAGAUUUCUGCGAUCAAAUGCAGCAUUUGAACGUGUUGAACAUAAGAGACAAUAAAAUCGAAAUAUUGCCAGAAAACAUAUCAUUAUUGCAAAAUCUUAAAAGACUGGACUUGACUAACAAUAAUUUGAAUAAGUUACCAAGGAACUUAGGCCUUCUCUCGCAACUGCAAAGUAUCAGCAUGGAGGGAAACAAGCUGUCUUUCGUGAGGCAAGACAUUAUCCGCGGCGGCACCGACAGAAUGAUGAAGUUCCUUCGGGAUCGCAUCACCGAGGAAUUGGUUUGCGAGACUAGAUUCGAAAAUGACUGGCCAGACAAGUAUACAUUAAAGAAAAGUCAAGCCUUGAUGCUGCCAUCCCGCGAGCUGUCGCACAUCCCGCCGGAGGUGUUCAAAGCGGCUGCUGACGCGGAGGUCCAUAUCAUCGACAUAUCCAAGAACGCCUUCACGAAUGUUCCACUAGGGAUCAGCACGGUGAAAGAUUCACUGACGCAGUUGGUGAUAUCUUCUAACAACAUAUCAAGCAUCCCGCAGGAGAUCAGUCAGUGUGACCACCUGCAGUACAUCGACAUGAGUAAGAACAGCCUCACAGACUUGCCUCCAGAGAUCGGCACCCUCAAACACCUCAGGGAACUCGUCAUCUCUAAUAACAAGUUUACAAAAAUACCUCACUGCGUGUACGAACUUCAGAAUCUAGAGAUUUUACUCGCGGCCGAGAAUCAGAUUGACGAGAUCAACGUGUCCUUGGACGCGCUGGCAAAAUUAAAACGAUUGGCUGUCCUCGACUUGUCUAAUAACAGCAUUGUAACCGUGCCGCCGGAAUUGGGCAACUUUACGCAUUUGAGAACUCUGGAGCUAAUGGGCAACUGUUUCCGGCAGCCGCGCCACGCGAUCCUGGCGAAAGGCACCGCCUCAGUACUGUCCUACCUGAGGGACCGCAUCCCCACCGCUUAACGUAUUUAUUAAGCUUCAAUGACACCACGGACGAAUAAUGCAGGAAUUAUAAACGUUAUGGCUACACGAGCGUAGAGUGCGUUCGGGGUGUAAAAAUAUAAACAAGAGAAUAAAAAGUUAUUUUCAAAAAUUGGUUAAAAGUACACUAAAGUAUUAGUUAAAAAAAAAACUUUCGAUCAAUGGUAACGAAGAUUCCCUGCCAUUUGUGAACAUCUUACACUGCUUUUCUGUCCAUACAACCAAUACUUUCAUGUGUGUGGAGUAGCAUACAUAAUGUCUUAAUUCGUUAUCACUACAUAAAUUCAUUAAUCACAAGUUGGCAGGGCCUGUAUUGAAAAAUAUUAUAGGAGUUGACCGGGUAUCCAGAAAGGAGGUCGUAGAAGGUCUCAGGGCCUUUAAAUACGACUAUCAGAUGGAUAAUGGUUACGGUGCCGACGCCAAUGGAAUGUGGACUUUACCGGCUGAGAACUGACAUAUAACUUCACAAUUUUUCCCAUGCUACUAUAUUUGCCGACUUAUUAAAUAUUAGAGAAGCAUUGCAUAAAUAAAUAGUUGUUUUAAAGUUCAGAAAAAAAAUGAACGUACCGGCUGACGUGAAAGGCCGCGAAGAUCCGUAGUGGAAACUCUAUACAUGAUAUUUCCAACUACCUAAAGUAAAUAAUAAAUCGUGACGUUGUCGUGUCAUUAUUGAAAAACUCGUAAUGAAUUUUAAAAACUAUUCAAAACUAUAGUCUAAUCAUAUUAAAUUGUGUUCCCAAUACAUUAUAAUUAUAAAUUAUUUCUUUAUAUUCCAGUUUAGAUAAUACCCUAUUUAUUCGACCGUGGUGACUUUUCCCGCCAUAAUAUAGAAGCAGUCAGCUUGCCAAAGCCAAAAAUUUUUUGUUGUUGAUAUGCCUUAAUACGGUUUUAUUUUUAUUUGUUGGAUUAUUGGUUAUUUUUUAUUAUGUUGUUAAUUUAAUGAAAGUAUCUUUGUUGUUAAAUUAUUUGAAUAUUUUUUGUUACCAUGUUCUAGUAAACAUGCAUUAUUGAUAGGUUGUGAGGUGUAAUCAGUAUGAUUAAUGUUAAAAAUAACAUAGGAUGUUAGUUUUCGUAGCGUCGCAUCGUUGCAUUGCGUAUGCGCAAUCCUAAGUUAUUGUUUCGAUGGAAUAUUGACUCAAUUGCAAAUAAGGUACAUUAUUUAUUAUGAAAAAUAAUUCGAAUAAAUGUAUGAGAAAUUACGCACUAGCAAUAGAUUUUUUUUUUUAUUUAUUAGGUGAUCAAUGUUUUUUAUUUAUUAAAAAAAGAAGUUAAAACAAAUGUCUAUGAAAUGUUAUAACAUUUUAGAGUUUGCGCAUACGCAAUACUAACGCGGUUCACUGUACUGUACUGUUGAUACUCAAUAAUCAUUUACUAUUGUUGGUAAAUUGCCAAAUAUUCUAAAUAUAUGACCCUUUGGUAUUUUUUGAUACUUUGUAUUGGUUUAAUAUAGAAUGUAGUAUUUGAUAAGAAAAAAAAUAUGAUUAAUUUGAAAACGUAUUAAGAUUUUGGAAACCUGUAUGCAGAUUCAUAUUGAGUAAUAAGAAAUUUGCACAAUAUUAAAAAUUUCAGGUGGCGUGUAUUGACAGUCAUUGUAUGACAAUAUAGAAGUCUAGUAUGAUAUCGGUAAAAAUAGUUCGUAGGAUUAUUUUUCUUGUAUACGAUACCUUUUUAUGCAUGUAUAUAAAUGCAUGUUCCGACAUACAGGGCACACACUGUCGAUGGCAGAAAUAUAUUCAUAGCCGAUUACAAUAAAAAAUCUUAAACUCUACCACCGGAUUGAACGCGAAAACUGACCAAUAAGAAUAGUUUGUUUGACGUCUUUAUAAAUGGCUUUUUCGAUAGGUUUAUGCUUACCGUCGAUCAGGAGUUAGGGUUCGUAUUCAAAACGGCCGUUAGUAAUACGGUAUUUUACAAAAUAAUAAUGUUUCGUGACCAGCACGAAAGACAAAUUACUGCGCCAUGUUUCACCAUCGGAACUGAUAGCGCAUGCUAACAGCUUCGGUGAUUAAUAAGCAAUCCGUUAGUUACCUCUGGAUCGACGAAACCUAUCAAAAAGUGAUGUGUGAGGGGUCAAACUUUAUUCUGAUUGGUCGACUUCCACGAUCGAUCCGGAGAUAAAAGUUGUAUGUCAGAACUAAAUAUAAAUUUUUAGACAAGUGCGCAGUGUCGGUUUCAGACGAGGAAAAUGGCCAUUUGAGUACUUUAUCUUGCCAGCCAGUUUCAAUUAUAUAAAAAUAAGUUUUACCUAGAAAAUGAUAAAAAAGGCGGACUUAUGCCAACGCAAAAAAAAAAUUGUCAUUGACAGUAAAUAAAUUUACCCAAAAAUACUUGGAUAUGCAAAUUGUAACAAUCCGAAAUCUUCCAUAGUUAUCAGAAAUAUUAUGGGUAUACAUGCCAAUAAAAAUAUAAUUUAUUUGACUCAUUAGGAAAUCCGGCGCUGCACACGAUUGUAGAUGCUCUCAGUUACAAUGGAAUCUAUAGUGUGUUUGUUUGCACACAGCGGCUUUAGCCAUAGGCGCUGCUUGCACGUUGAAAGCUUACACAAGACACCAACGAAAUCCUAGUACAAAAUAAUUGGAUAUCAUUAAUAUUACGUACUUGAAAAUAAUAGUAAUAUGCAGAAAAAAAAAUUGACGUAUUUGACUUUGCACGUGGGCGUGGCGAUGUCCAUAUAUGUGGACAUCUUCAGUUUGAAGUGUUUAAUUUAAGCCUCAUUUAGACAGUUCAAUUAUUGCUAGUAAUAAUCGUACGCAAUCAUUGCGUAAAAUUGUUGCGCUGUUUGAUUAUGCGCAAUGCUGAAGUAAUUUUCUCCCGUUUCCACGUAAAUGAAUCUUUUGUCAGAUAUUCAAAAUACGAUUAUUACUUGCAAAUAGCAAUCAUUGCUUAGUCUAAAUUAGGCUUAAGAAUCGCUGAUUUACGGCAGUUUUCAAAGAAAGAUCCCAAUAUAAAGUGUUGAACCGAUCCCGAGAACAAACCAAUCAAGUCAUUUUUAAACUGGUAAAAACUGGUGCUCUGAUUGGUCAAUUUUCGCGAUGGAAAAAGGAAUUAUUGGGAUCGUUUAUUGAAAAUGUCGGUGCAUCGUUGCCGAAAUUGCCUAACUCUUCGUCAAUUUGUUUUUUGUUACAAGUACAUAAAGAAAAAACUUAGUAAAAAAAAACUAUUGAAUGUUAAAUAUUGUACAAUUUAAAAAUGCAACCAGAGUAUUGUUCUUUGUACCUGAAAUUUAUUUUUGUAUGAACAGAGCCUAACGUCGUUUAACGUGAAAUGUUUUGCCAAUUUGUGCGCGAAGUUUUGAAUAUUGCACAAUAUUUUUGUUAUAUAAAUCAAGAGCACAAUUUGUUAGCAAUUAUUUGCGUUUCCUGUUUAUCGAAAAAAAAUUAAUAAAUGCUUUAAAAACCA